UUUGUGUGUAGCUCUACUCGGCCGAAUGACUCGCUCAGCUAGGCAUGCAUGACUCCUCGUCAGCCAUCUACGCCAUCGUCAGGCAUCAGCAUACCCUCAGGCCCGACCUUGGCCUGUUCUGAGCAUGGCAACGGCUCCCUUUGAGCCCGACGACACUUCCUCGUCUCGUUCAGAGAAUGAGCCGCUCUUCUUCCUCGGUCCUCUCGGCACAUACUCUCACCAGGCUGCGACUGCGCUCAACAUCCACCAUACGCAAUUGGUGCCCUGUUCCUCAAUCACAGAGGUGAUCGAGCAAGUAGUAGCUCGAAAGGGCAGCGGAGUUGUGCCCGUAAGGAACUCGACGGCAGGCGCAGUACACGAAACGAGCGAACGAGUGGAUCUACAUCUCCCAAGCCUGAGGUGUACUGCACAUACCACGCUGGCUAUCAACCAUGCCCUGCUCGCUCUGCCUUCUGCUCGGCCACCCUUUGAGAGAAUCUAUAGUCACAGACAGGCCCUUGCCCAAUGUCAUGCCUACCUGGCUCAGCUCAAGCAUCACAAUCCGGACUUGCAAGUCAUCGAGAGUGCUUCCACAGCAGGUGCCGCAGAAUCAGUAUCGCGCAAUCCAAAGUAUGCAGCCAUCUGCUCGUCCUUUUGCGCCAAGCUUUACAACCUGAGCGUGCUCGUCAGCAACGUGCAAGACGAGAAAAUGACAAAUGAGACCGCGUUCGCAUUGCUCAAGCCAGCUUUGGACAGUCGCGACGCGCAAAGGCAGACGCAAGUCAGUCCAUCGCUUGCAAAUGUACAUACGAUCGAAAUGAGUGCGUUUGUGUGGCAUGGUAUCAGCCCAGACGACUACGACAUCCAGUCGCUCGUUCAUGCACAAGUGCCGCCUUCACCCUACGCAAGGCAUCUCUUGCGCUCAGACAAUCUCGCCUUGUCCGACGAGCUGCAGACUCGACUACGCAGCAAUCUGUCGCAAUUGCCAGCUUGGCCAAGCGAGCUCAGUGUGGCAGCCUUUGACGCUCAGACACUCGCAUCGCACGGCAACAUGCAAACACUGCUCCUCAGACGAUACACUCGCAUAGACGGCCAGUGUACCAUCAAACUCCAUCCGGGCAGAUACCGUCUGCAAUGGUUCGUUCACCUCUUCGCCGUUCAGCCCGCCACGCCUGCGGCUUCUUCCAUGACGUUCACGACGACGUGGCCAGCAGAGACGCAUCGAUCCGAAAUCGACGGAAAGCUGAGGAUGCGGCCUAGCAUAAGCAACCCUCUUGGCUUCCCCACCAGACCGCUCGAUCUUUUGCCCAGCUAUCCCUCUUUGCCUCUCGAUCUGACACUAGAGGUCACAGCACCGUCCGACAGGCUAAGGAUUCAGCUUGAUCAAGCCACUAUCGAGGCGCAUUGGUAUGGCCAACACAGAGGCGGCUGGGUCCCGCUGCAAUCACCUCGUGACCUAGAAAUCAGCACAGAACAAGAGUGUACUGUGCGCAUCCACGAUCACUCGCCAGGUUGGAAGGGAGGAGCAAGACUGGGCGGUGUCAAGCUCAUCCGAUCGGACGCGCCCGCGCAUGGACAGAGCACAGGCGUGUGUUGUUGAUUAUACUACAGUGCAUACAGCAAGAA